AUGUCUGCGCUGGGCAAGCUGUUCAAGAAGGAGCCCACGGCCAAGGAGGUAGUGCGGGAGAGUCAACGAAACAUUGGCAAAAAUGUGCGUGAUAUCGAUCGAGAAAUUGCCAGCCUCAGGCGGGAGGAGCAGAAGCUGAUAAAGGACAUCAAGCUGGCGGCCAAGCAAGGCAACCAGGCGGGGACGCGCAUCCUGGCGCAGCAGCUGGUACGGCUGAGGGCGCAGAUCACAAAGAUGCACACCACGCAGGCGCAGCUGCGCGGCGUGGGCGUGUCGAUGACGACAGCGGCCGCCACCAGCUCUGUUGGGCAGUCGAUGCAAGUGGCCGGCAAGGCCAUGGCGGCGAUGGGGGCCCAGAACGACCCCAAGAAGAUCAUGCAGAACAUGCAGCAGUUCAGCCGCGAGAAUGCCAAGAUGGAGAUGACGGGAGAGAUGAUGGAUGCGGCGGUGGAGGAUGCGCUGGGGGACGAUGUGGACGAGGAGACGGACGACGUCAUGGCGCAGGUCCUGGACGAAAUUGGCAUCGAUUUGUCGUCGCAGAUUGGCGCAGCCCCCAAGCGCGUGGCAGCGCCUGCACAGCAGCAGCGGGUUGAGCCUGAGGAGGAAGACGAGCUUGCCAGCCGCCUGGCGGCGCUUAAAUAG